AUGAGCGCUGUUGAGGAAUUCGAGUUCGAGCCUUUCACGGGUCGCCAGAGCAAGUACAAGGCAUGCCUUGAUGAGCUUGUGGCGCUCAACUUGGGCCCCAAGUCCGUGGUAACGGAUGCCGUGACGCUGCGCAAGUUUUACAGCAAGGACAAGUCGAGCCACGCCCGCUCCGUCCCUGUGGCAGCUGUCCGGCCGAACUCAACGGAACAGGUGGCUGCGGUGGUACAGGUGUGCGCGAAGUACAAGGUGCCCAUGACGCCGCGUGGUGCAGGCACCGGCCUCGAGGGUGGGUGCAUCCCAUACGCUGGCGGCAUCGUCAUCGACACGGAUUCUUUGACGCGGAUGGACUUCGACCUCGACAACUCGUGUGUGUGGGUAGGCGCUGGGGUGCGCAAAAUGACCCUCAACAAGGCGGCUGCCAAGCACGGCCUCGUCUUUGGCCCCGACCCGUCCUCGAACCCCUGCGUCGGUGGGAUGGUCGCAACCUCCGGCAGCGGUAUGUGUACGCUGCGCUAUGGUACCACGCGCGAGAACGUGCUGGCCUUGCGCGUCGUCACGCCGAAGGGCGCCGUUGUGCAGACGCGGCAGGUGGUGCGCAAGUCAUCGGCAGGGCUGGAGCUGACUCAGCUGUACAUUGGUAGCGAGGGCACCCUCGGCGUCAUCUGUGAGGUAUGCUUUCGACUGUUUCCCAUUCAGAAGUACAGCUCCGGCGGCGUGGGCUUCUUCGCCACGACGCACGCGGCCGUGCGUGCAGUGGUGGCGCUCAGGCAGCAAGGUGUCCCACACACACUGCUGCGGUGCGAGCUGCUCAACAAGGAGAGUGUGGCGGUGGCCAACGCGUACAGAAAAACGAACCUGUGUGUGGCGGCGUGCGUGCUACUUGAGUUUGCGUCAGACAAUACGGGGCGGCGCCACAUUCACGGCGACUACAAGAAAGUGGCCGCGGUGUUCAAGAAGUUUGGCGCCAAGGAGAUGUGCUACUUGAAGGACAGCAAGGCCAUGGACACCGCUUGGGAGGCCCGCCGUAGCUGCUACUUCUCCGCCAUGUACGUGGACAAGACAAAAGGUGCUCAGAGAGUGAUCGCGACAGACGUCUGCGUCCCCAUCAGCCGCCUGGCGGAGUGUGUCGAGGCGACAGAGGAGGACUUCAAGCAGAACAGCCGCCCGUGCCUGAUCUGCGCCCACAUUAGCGACGGCAACUUCCACACACUGAUCCCGUUCACCGACGCGGCGGACUUUAAGCGUGCUCGCGAGCUGGAGGCUCGUAUGGUGCGCCGCGCUGUCGAAAUGGGCGGCACCGUGUCGGGCGAGCACGGCGUCGGCGUUGGUAAGGUGCGCCACGUCACGCACGAGCACAGUGAGGCCCACAUUUGUGUGCAGGAGACGAUCAAGAAGGCGCUCGACCCUGACAAUAUCAUGAACCCCGGCUGCUUUUACCCGUUCCAGCAGGUACUGUACCCCACCGCGCACUUAUAG